CCGGGAGGCGAUGUUGUGGCUGGAGAUUCCCGAGGGGCACUCCGACUUUGCCACACGUGCCUCCCCCCGGUUAUUCGCCUCUCACCUGACCCCAGCCCUGAUGCCCCCUGGACUGAGGGACAAGAGGGCAAAGAUUGUGUAUGUGAUGAGGAACCCGAAGGACAUUAUGGUCUCCUACUUUCACUUCUGCCACGCUGUGACCAAACUGGAGACCCCCAUGAGCUUUGAAGACCUCUUUGGACAGUACCUGGAGGGAACAGUUCCUGCCGGUACAUGGUUCGAUCACAUUAAGGAAUGGUACUCAAAGAGAGAUCAGUACAACAUCCUGUUUUUGACGUAUGAGGACAUGAUCAAGGAUCUGAGGUCUGAGGUGCUGAAGAUCAGCAAGUUCCUCGGGAAGAACCUGGACAGCUCAGCCAUCGACCGUGUGGUGGAGAGGGCCACCUUCAGGAACAUGAAAAAGGACCCCAAAGCCAACUACGAGUUCCUGCCCCAGGAAAUGCUGGAUCGAGAGCGGGGACACUUCCUUCGCAAAGGUAAAGUCGGGGACUGGAAGAACACCUUCACCGUGGCCCAGAGUGAGCGCUUUGACCAGGUCUUCCAGGAGAGGAUGAGGGGCCUCCCACUGCAGUUCACGUGGGACAUUCAUGAGCAUCCGUAGUGGUUGUUAAGGCCUGCCAGUUUGGCUCCGUGGGGGAAACUAAAUAAGAUUUUGAAUGCGCAGUGUUGCAGACUGACAAGCUAUCCCAGGAUUGUAUUGCAUCUAAAAGGCUGGAGGACUGAUGGACUCUAAUGGCUGCUGAUACCUGGGAAAUCACAUAUGAAGUAAUUAUUUAAUUAACACAAUACAUGGUAAAACUAUCUCACCACAUACAAAAAAAAGCUUAUCUUAGAAGUGUCUAGAAAGGUACAAUUAUUUGUCACUGGGGAGUUACCCUAUAGUUACAUAAGAUCAUAACCCUAACAAGCAAUAUAUAAUUACUUGGUACCUGUUUUGCUUGGAAAACAUACUAAUUUGUUCCCAAAGAAAAUAUGACUACUUUCAGGGUACAUUUGGGAAAUUUUAUCUUUGAAGAACAAAAAAUAUAUCGCUACUGAAACUGUA